AUGUCCCUCGCCGAGCGCAAGCCCCUGUAUGAAACGGAUAGCUUCCGAGGGUCAACUUACAAACACGGCUUUUAUCCUACCGAUAGUUAUGCAUCGUUGACACCAGGCAGCUCUGUCGGUAGCAGACAAGCUAGCGUCAUCGGGGAAGACACUACUGCAGACAACCUUUCCACUCUGGGCAGACCUCUCAUCGCAGAUACAUUACCACUUCCUAAUCCCCCCUUCAAUUCUCAUUCAAGUUCGUACAGUGUCACCAGUCCCGAUCCCGCCGAGGUCCCGCCUUCACUAAGUAUUCCGCUUUCGGAUGCGUCCUCUGCGUCGUACGUGGCUUCCAUGAGCGGAGCGCCUUAUAAUUCGCGCACUACCGCCCGUGCCCUCCAACGCUCACAGUCGCGCCCGACCUCGAUGGCAUCCUCUGUUGGGACUGUUCAGAGCACGCAAAGUCGCCGUAGCGUACUACGAGGACCACCACACAGUAUACAUAGCAAUAUUCAAAUUGUUCUGCCGGCACCUCUCGCUCCGGAGGCAUUUCCGUACCCUCCCUCAAUAGAUGGGACGAAUAGCGCCAGGAGCAGUAGCUAUACCAGCGACACCGACUCUCCCAGACAGAGUGUCCAUGUGGAUCAGUGGGUCCCUGUAGGUAUGCGGUCAGCGAGCAUGAGCGGUGUGGGGCCAGCCGCCCCCUCACGGUCGCGUUCCGCACGUGGAUCUACCAAUCCGCGAAUUCCAAGCAGCCUCUCGCAAUCGACUACGGCACCGUCAUCGCGUUCAUUGGAUCGUCGCAGUCAAUCUCAGCCUCGCAUGGGCACUGGACCUCGUUCACAAGUGUCUCCGGUUGAGGCCCAAAUGCCGCCGCCACCGGUUCCUCACGUCUCAGACGCCCACCAGCAUCCGUCUGCUUCUCCUAGGCGAGAUGGGGAUUCCUCGGGUGGCGGACAACAAGACAUGUCGGGGCAAACAGAUACUAUGCGUCGGUUACUAGAUGCAUUGACCAUUGAGGACCCUCGAGCUACCAUGGCGAUACAUGCCUCUGGAUACUCUCAUACUACGCAGGCUGGAGAGCGCAGGCCUUCCGGUUCCACCGACGCCGGUAUCUAG